ACAUUGACGCCAACAUGUACGACACAGGAAACUUUAGUUUGCUAAUAUCUACCUUGAGAGUUGAGAGAGAUGACGCAGAGUUCUAUUGUGUGUGGCAGCAAGCCGAGGUCGCGCCGGGGAGCGGCCAUUUAUCUAACAAGGGUCAUCUAACUGUGCUUGUGCCACCACAGUCGGUUAUCAUGUCUGUUAUAGACAGCCCUUCAUCACUGGAUGGAACACUACAGUUUUCCUGUGUAUCUGACAGCAGUAACCCGGCAGCUAGCAUCACCUGGUGGCUGAAUGGUGAAGAUAUCACUGCCGACUCCAGUCAAACUGAGGAAGCGGGUUCAAGAAACAAGACAUUUACAACAAGAAAUAUCCUGAGUCACAGGUUUUUAACUGAAGACAUUGACAAAGAACUUCGUUGUCAUAUCUUAAAUCACCAAAGUUUACCCGAAGAAGUGUUAACGGAGGUUUUGUACAUGUCAGACACCGUGACCAUCGUCAGCAGCAACAACAACUCCAGUGAUGAUGACGUCAUUAUUAUCGAAGCAGAGAAGCUGAUUCUACGCUGCAAUGCUGACGGCUAUCCAGAACCAUCUUACACGUGGUUCCACGACGACCAGGGGAUACAAGCUGCAGGCGACGAGCUGGUGAUCGAGUUAGUCAAGUUUAAACACAGAGGAUUGUACGCGUGUAAAGCAACUAGUGUGUUUGGAGAAUACAUGUCGAGUAACAAUACAUGUCAAGUUGAAUGUGACCGUGUUAGUGCCAGCAAGGAAUGUCACAAUGACGUUAUUGUCGGACUGACCAUUGGUGGCUUAUGCCUAAUAAUUGUAAUCCUACUCAUGGUCGUCGUCGUUUCACUCUACCUGAAGAAGAGAUCAACGAUUAAUACUGUCUUGAUACUGUGUUAA